AUGUUCGCGCUUGCGGACGUCGACAAGAACGGCAAGGUGCAAGGGAAGAAAGCGGUCGACUUCUUCACGACGAGCGGUCUUGCGCCCAGCGUGCUCAAGCAGGUCUGGAGCCUCGCGAGCUCCAAGAUGCAACCGUACCUGGAUCGAGACGAGUUUAACGUAGCCUUGGGCCUCAUCGCGCUGGCGCAGAAGGGCGAGACAUUGGACCUCGCCGCCCUCGUUGCGGCGGGUCGCGCCCGGCACUUACCACUGCCCGUGUUCCACCUCGCCGACAUAUUUGUCAUGACGCCGAGCGAUGAAGAGAAGUACGCGAGCAUCUUUCGUGCGUCGGCGCCCAGUGGGACCAUCGCACCGACGGACGCGAUCGAGCUCUUUCAAAAAUCCGGUCUCGCCCUUGCGGACGUCCAUGCGAUCUACAAGCUCGUGGAUCCAACACUCUCGACACCGCUUCCGCUGCAGGCGUUUACGAUCGCAAUGCACGUCAUUGUGUGCAAGACACGCCGUGGUCUCACGCAUUUGCCCGCGUCCGUACCCCGCGAGUGGUUUCCGACGCUUUUCUCAUCUUCGCUUGCGCAGUGCACAUCCGCCGACGACAUGCUUAGCGCGCAGGCCUCCAUUCAGGCCGCCCUUCAGAAGACGGUCAUGAGCCUCCCAGCAGUAGUGCUGCCGUCAGUGUCGUCCAUUGUGGCACCACUGCAAGCGCUGGGGUACCACUUACCCGACACGGCCAUGAUGCUCAACGAGUCGUCACUUCGUGAGCUCGAAGGCGUCUUGUUGACGUACGUGCAAGAGGUCCAGAAAGACCUGCAAUCAUCGUCGUCGGAUGGAGUGCCGCUCGCAACGCUGGUGCAGACGCUCUCCAAUUUGAAGACGCAGUCAGCGCGUCUCUUGGAGCAAAAAGAGGCGGCACUGUCCCGUCAGGGUAGCCGUCAUCCAGACCUCCACGUCGACACGCAAUCCAGCAGUAGUUUCGUUGACGCGCCGCCGUCGUUUCCAGCGCCGACAGCAGGCUGGGACGCGUUCGAAGCCGCUCCAGCGCCGAUCAUGCCGACGCAGACCGUACCUGAGCCCUCGCUUUUCUCGCCAACCGGCGCAGGGGAUCCGUUCGGGUUUGACCUCAUGGGCGGCACUGGUGGCAGUUUCACUGCACCGAUCGUUGCGUCGACGCCCGUCACCGAGAAGCCCGUGCUCGAUGCGUUUGCGUCCGCGUCGUCGUCGUCGUUCAGCGCGUUUGAUGCGAUGAACGACUUGGACUGGGGCUUUGCGGACAAUCAGUACGAGCCCGUGCCCGAGUUGGACGAGGCGUCAGAGGUCACGAAGGCGGCGCCAAAGAUGAUUGACAAGAACGAGUUUAUCCGGACACCAAAGGCUCCAGCGACGAACAUGCUCGGCUUCGAUAGCCCGUCGUUUGGCGCGACAACAGCUACUCCAGAAGCGACGGCAGAGAGUGCGUUUGGGGGCGUCCCCGCUCCGGGCCUCGAAGAUUUCGGUGCGUUUCCUCCCACGGACGUGCCAGCGUUUGGGUCGUUUGCUGCGACGGCGGACGCUGGCGGUUUUGCAGCCUUCACGGCGGUUGACGCCCCCACGACCGAUGGCUUUCAAGACUUUGGUGGCGAGACUUUGGCUGGCGACGGCUUUGUUGCAUCCUCGGGUGUUGGUACAUUCGCUGCUAUUGACACCCCAUCGGGUGGCAACUUUGGUGCGUUCUCGUCCACGGGAGCCGAUGGAUUCGGCGCCUUCGAAGCCACCGAGACUGCUAGCCCAAGCUUCGGUGCGUUUGAUGCACCAUCAGAAGCGCCGGUGACGAGUGACUUUGGCGCGUUUACACCAGCAACGGACGGCUUCGGUGACUUUGCGUCCUGCGGCUUCGGGGCGUUUGACGCUGCACCGCCUGUCGAUGAUGACAGCUUUGAGGCAUUUACCAACCAGCUGGAGAUACCUGCUGCGUUUGGCGGCUCGAGUCUUGGGGCUUCGUCCGUGGUUUUUGACGCGUCCCCCGCCCCGACCCCGGAAGCUUCACCGCCGCCAGCAGACGAUGCGUUCGGGACGUUUGCGCCAACCGCAACUUCGGCAACCGAUGACUUUGGCGCCUUUCCCGCGGAGCCCAGUGCUUCGUCGGACGCCGUAGCAGAAUUGGUCGACGACACGUUUCCGACACCCGAUGAGCCGGUCAGCGUCGGCGAUAGCGGCACGAGCGCAGCGUUCCCGUCGAGCACCUCGCCCAACAAUGCGAACGUUCAGGAUGACUCGCAGGCGCCGGCUGCGACGGAAGACGUGGCCGCCAACACAGCCACGGAGACGAACAUCACGGAUGCUGUGCAGGCUCCAGAAGCCGUCUCGGACCGAGACGGAUCGUUUGUAUUCGUCGCGUCACCCAGCGCCCCAAUGCAGUCGGAGCCGAUGGUCGUGGCUGACGACGACUGCGGCUGCUUUUGUGUGCCCGACAGUGGGUUUGCCGACUUUGCUCCGCCAAUCGCAGCGCCGUCGGCCGUGUCGGGGACGACAACGGCACCGGUGUCAACGACCGACGACAUUUUUGGUGACUUCCAGUUUGCACCCGCUCCGUCGUUUGCUGCUUUUGCGACAGUGCCAGCCCAUUCGGAAACAACGGUACCGGACACGGCGUUUUCGAGUCUUCCAGCGCACCCGUCAGACGACAUCUUUGCUGACUUUGCCGACUUCACUUCGGCGACAACCGCGGCCAACUGGGCGUCGUUCUCGCCUCCUGCGGCGCCAACGGCGUCGGACGACUUCACGAUCUAG